GGGCGACGGACAUCGCUUGCGCGCGCACUGACGACGGCGAAGAAUGUCUGAAGCAUCGCCUGCCAAGAAGACACGUCGCUGCAGGGGUCAGUGAUCAAGACGAUCUCGGCCAUUGCCGAUGCAGGGGAAGAGCGCGUCGGGUUGAUGGCACUGACUCAGGUCUCGAGGGCUUAUUCAGUGCCAGCUGCUGCCUCUGCACGGUCUUGUACUGUCUCUACCAUCGAGCAUGUUGGCCUCAUUACGACUUUCUACCCAACGCGCUCCCAGCGGCGCUCUGAAACGAUGCUCCCCUCCUCUUUCCGCCACUAGUCAUGCACAACUGCAUCAAGCGCGGUAUAGCUCCACUGCUUCUGCGUCUGAUAUUGAGGUCUCUCGCGCCCUCGUAGAAGUUACCGGCGACCCAAAGUCGCGCCCUGAUCCGGCGACCCUGUCGUUCGGCAAGGUUUUCACCGACCACAUGCUCACUGUGCCAUGGACGGCUGUCACUGGUUGGGGUGCCCCUCAAAUCCAUCCUUACCGCCCCAUCUCCCUCGAGCCCAGCGCAACAGUCUUUCACUACGCACUAUGUCUCUUCGAGGGUCUCAAGGCCUACCGAGAUAGCAAGGGACGAGUCACUCUCUUCCGCCCGGACAUGAACAUGAAGCGCAUGAACACUAGCGCGCAACGUAUCGCCCUCCCGACCUUCAAUGGCGAGGCCGUGAUCGAGCUCAUCAAGCGGCUCGUCCGGUUAGACAAGGACUGGAUACCAGAUAGACCUGGAUACAGCCUGUACAUUCGGCCGACAUUAAUCGGCUCGCAGCCGGCGAUCGGAAUCGCUCCUCCCAGCGAGGCGAUACUCUUCGUCAUCUGCAGUCCUGUCGGUCCAUAUUAUCCGAAUGGCUUCAAGCCCGUAGCGCUCUACGGAACGACGGAGUACACACGUGCUUCUCCUGGAGGUAUUGGUGCAUACAAGCUCGGAGCGAAUUAUGCGCCGGCCUUGUUUGCACAGAAGGAGGCAGCGAAGAAGGGCUACGUUCAGAACCUCUGGCUACACGGACCCGAGCACUACAUCACAGAAGUUGGCACCAUGAACGCGUUUGCGGUGUUCAAGCGCGCCGACGGAGUCGUUGAGCUCGCAACACCUCCUCUCGAUGGCAUGAUCCUCCCGGGCGUCACGCGGGACUCCGUGCUCAAUCUCGCGCUGGACCACAUCUCAGGCAAGGCGAAGAUCCCCGGGCUCCCACACAAGCUCUCCGUCUCCGAGCGCCCGAUCACCAUGGAGGAAGUCAAGGAAGCCGCGCAAAAGGGCCACCUCGUAGAGUUCUUCGGCACAGGCACGGCGGCGGUGAUCAGCCCGGUGGAGAGGAUCGGGUACGUUGGAGAGGACAUCCACAUCCCGACAGGCUCGGAUGGCAUGGGCCCGGUGUCGCGUCCGAUCUGGCAGCGGUUGGUCGAUAUCCAGACGGGCAAGGUUGAGCAUCCCUGGAGCGUUGUGGUGAUUGAUGCUUAGGAAGCGGCAGUGAGCUGGAG